AUGUUUUUUUUCAAUACAGACAACCUAAUAUCCUCCCUUGUGGACGAAGACGGAGCCUACCUCUUAGAAGAAGAUGCCCUUCCGCGUUUGCACACAAUAGAGCUUCGUGGAAAUCGCCUUACAACCUCCCUACCGAACUUUGCUGAACCGGAACCCGAUGUGAGCGUCUACCUGCGGCGCAUCGGCUUCUCACACUCCGGCCUCAAGAUGCUGGUAAUGGCGGAGAACUCGUUGUCUUCCCUGGCCACUGUUUAUCACCCACCGGAGGAACCAAAUGAAAAUAUUUUGAGGCUGAAUCCUCUGGGUUCCCGAAUGGGUCUUGUGCCGGGUCUGGUGGUGCUGCAUUCGCGAAAGAAUGGCAUUAAAAACUGUCACGGCUUUACGGCUGUGUGCUUCGCGUCGCUAGAAUACCUAAAUUUGCGGUAA